GAGGAGGAGGAGGAUGUGGCGCGCGGAGGGGAAAUGGCUGCCGAAAACAAGCCGGAAGGACUGAAGAAAAUACGUAAUCCGGAUCGAAUGUACAGAACCGCCGUUGGUUACACCGGCCACGUUCCUCCUAAGAGUGUCAGCGAUGACACAGACAACAACAAUGAACAUGGACAUUUGAAAAUCUACCUGCCCAAGAAGCUUCUGGAAUGCCUUCCCAAAUGCUCCUCCCUGCCCAAGGAGAGACAUCGCUGGAACACCAACGAGGAGAUUGCAGCCUACUUGAUAACGUUUGAAAAACAUGAAGAGUGGCUGACGACGUCCCCCAAAACCAGGCCGCAGAAUGGGUCUAUGAUCCUCUACAACAGGAAGAAGGUGAAGUACAGAAAAGAUGGCUACUGCUGGAAGAAGAGGAAAGAUGGGAAAACCACGCGGGAGGAUCACAUGAAGCUCAAAGUGCAGGGAGUCGAGUGUCUGUAUGGCUGCUAUGUCCACUCCUCCAUCAUUCCCACGUUCCACCGCCGCUGUUACUGGCUACUGCAGAACCCUGACAUUGUGCUGGUCCACUACCUGAACGUGCCCGCCAUAGAGGAUUGUGGGAAACCGUGUGGACCCAUCCUGUGCUCCAUCAACACAGAUAAGAAGGAAUGGGCCAAAUGGACCAAGGAAGAGCUCAUCGGGCAGCUCAAACCCAUGUUUCAUGGCAUCAAGUGGACUUGCAGCAAUGGGAAUAGCAGCACUGGCUUCUCAGCAGAGCAGCUCGUGCAGCAAAUACUGGACAGCCACCAGACCAAGCCACCUCCCCGGACCCACAACUGCCUCUGCACGGGAAACCUGGGUGCUGGGAGCAGCCUUCAUCACAAAUGCAACAGUGCCAAACACCGGAUCAUCUCCCCGAAAGUGGACCCUCGCACUGGGAGUGCCUACAGCAGCACCCACUCCGAGGUUCAGAACAACGACGUGUCCGAGGGAAAGACGGAGCACAGCCACGGCGGGAGCAAAAAUGGCCGGGCGGGGGGCGACGGUGCUGGGGGAACCGGCGGGCGAGAGAAACGGAACGGAAAGGUGCACAAGCCGGCGCUGCUCCACCAGAACAGCAUGGAGGUGUCCUCAACCAACCAGGUGGAAGUGCCAGAUACCACCCAGAGCUCACCCGUCUCCAUCAGCAGCGGGCUAAACUCUGACCCCGACAUGGCCGACAGUCCCGUGGUGACAGGAAUGGGCCACGUAGCCUCGGUAAUGAACAGCCUGUCUCAGUCCGCCACUGUGUUCAUGUCCGAAGACCCUGUCUAUAGCAUGUCUCCCACUGUAGACCCCAACGCUCACCUCUUGGGUGCAGACACAGCCUCUAGCAGUCUAGUAUUAGCGGUGACCGCCGACAGUCACAAGUUUGCCUUUGCUGGAGCAGUGGGAGUAGGGUUGGCGGAUGCAGGGUCCACGGACGAACUCGCUAUGCUGUCCACGGCCAGCGUGUCUGAAGAACUGGUGCUGUCUAGUAACUUGGAAGCUGGGAAUAUCAAGCUGCCCGAGACUAACAUGAACUUUGACCCCGACUGCUUCCUCAACAACCCCAAGCAAGGUCAGACCUAUGGGGGAAAUGGGCUGAAAACCGAGGAGGGCAACAGGAGCAGCUGCAGUAACGGCGGACUGCGGUGUUCUCCGCCUCUCAACGACAACGGUUACGUCUUUAACCCCUCUCUGGUGAAGAACAUCAAGACGGAGGACACGUCGUUUGAACAGCAGUUGGCUAAAGAGGGUGGCUAUCAGGUUGGAGAAGUGGUGAGCGAUGCCGUCGGGAUCUCUGGUUCCUCAAGCGGUGGUUCUGCACAAAACUCUCUGGCUCUGACGCCCACCGGUUCACUGCUGCCGUCUGGAGGUGGACUCAGUCCCAGCACCACCCUUGAGCAGAUGGAUUUCAGCGCCAUUGAUGCCAAGCAAGACUACCCGUCCAGUGUUAUGUCAGCAGGAGGCUACGGACAAGCUAUCUCCAGCUCUCACUUGGCCAACCAGGGUCACUCCCCCAGCUUCUUUCUGCAAGGUUCUCCGCAGUCCCAAACGCACCAGAACAACUCCGGUCCGACACAGAACUCCCACGACUCCAAUGCCUACAUGGGUCUCGUCAAGACAGACUCCACGGGAACCAACGGACAUCUCCAUCACCGUACACACCCCAGCCAGCACACUGCCGCUAACUGCAAUGGUGGCUCUCCAAGUGAACGGAAUGGACAGGCCGGGUCGCUCCAGCUCCUGCAAUACCAGAACCGCUUCCCGACCGCAGGCCAGGAGCAUGAAGAAGUGGGUGGUUUGGAACAGCCAGCAGGAGCAGAACAAGGAGGCGGAGGCGGCGUCCAAGAGAAGGACUCGGAUUGCUUGAUGGCACAGCCUGGUAGAGGAGGAGAACCCGAGGGUGUAGGAGCCGCAGAGCACUACCUUCAGCAGCCAACAGAAGCUGGUGGAGUCGGCCAGGGAUCUGGAGGAACGAGCGCAAGGGCUGAAAGUGGAACUUUGUGCAACAACACGGAGGGAAACGGAACCACCAACAGCCCCCAUCAACAGCUUCAGCCGCUCCUGCAAGGAGCCGGUUUGGUGCAGGGGUUGUUCAGCACCGUAGGAGCCCACCAGAGCCUGGGGAGCAGUGGAACCAAUGGAGGAGGCUCCAUGGAGAUCAACCUGGACCAUUUUGAUGUUUCCUUCGGGAAUCAGUUCUCCGAUCUUAUCAAUGACUUCAUUUCGGUGGAGGGCGGAAGUGGUGCGGCAGUAGUGCCGGGCGGCAGCGCUCUCUACGGGCAUCAGCUGAUGACCCAUUCGGGAACAGAGGGGCAGGUCUCUUCUGGAACCACUGCGCAACAAGGUGCAGAUGAAGGAGCGAGAGGGUACAAUUCUUCAGAGCUCUGCCUGCAGCCCUGUUGCAGUCCGCAGUCCACGCAGGCUGGGGCGGUGGCGGGCGAGGCGGGGCAGCUGUCGUACAUGCAGGUGGCAGAGGCCGUGUCGGCAGCUGUGGCACACGGGAACAUGGCAAUGUUACAGGCUACCGGAAGGCUGUUUGUGGUGACGGACUAUUCUCCAGAGUGGUCUUAUCCUGAGGGUGGGGUGAAGGUUCUGAUCACCGGUCCAUGGCAGGAGGCCAGCAGUGAAUAUACCUGCCUGUUUGAUCAGAUAACAGUUCCAGCCUCCCUCAUCCAGCCCGGGGUGCUACGCUGCUACUGCCCAGCUCAUGACACGGGCCUGGUGACCCUGCAGGUGGCAGCCAGCAGUCAGAUCAUCUCCAACUCAGUGGUGUUUGAGUAUAAAGCCCGUGCCCUCCCUGCCCUGCCCUCCUCUCAACACGACUGGCUCUCACUGGACGAUAACCAGUUCAGAAUGUCCAUCCUGGAACGCCUAGAGCAGAUGGAGCGAAGGAUGGCAGAGAUGGCCGGUCAACAGCAGCAGCAACAAGGCGGUGGAGGAUCAUCUGAGAGCGGAGGAACCGGAACAGGAGGAGGAGAAGGAGGAAGAAGCAAUUCUGAGCAGGCACAGUUCUCACCUGGUCAGAGUCAGAGCCAGGGCCAAGGUCCGGCUGGCAGCUCCUUUGAGAGCCGUGUGGUGGUGGUUUGUGAAAAAAUGAUGAACCGCGCCUGCUGGGCCAAGUCCAAGCACCUGAUCCACUCCAAAACAUUCAGGGGCAUGACUCUUCUUCAUCUGGCAGCCGCCCAGGGCUACACCACCCUUAUCCAAACACUAAUCAAGUGGCGCACUAAGCAUGCAGACAGCAUUGACCUGGAACUUGAGGUUGAUCCUCUAAACGUGGAUCAUUUUUCUUGUACCCCACUAAUGUGGGCUUGCGCUCUGGGUCAUAUGGAAGCAGCAGUGGUUUUGUAUAAAUGGGAUCGGCGAGCGUUGGCCAUCCCAGAUUCUUUGGGUCGCUUACCGCUGGCUAUAGCCAGAUCCCGUGGCCACACUAAGCUGGCCGAAUGUCUGGAAAGCCUUCAGAGGGAGGAGCAGCAGUCAGGAGCACUGAAUACAACUGCCAGCAUGCCUUUCUCAACAUCUACUGAGGCCUCAGCAGCAGAGGGGUGGAUGAAUGUUUGGGGUACGGAGCUGAAAGACAGCAGCAUCACUUGUCCUGCUUCCAGCUCCAGCUCAGACUUGAGGAGACCCAGGUCAGAACCAUCCAGUUUCUAUAGCAGCGUUAGUCACGGGGACGCCCCGUUGAGCAAGAAACACAAACCCAAUCCAGAGACCCUUCAAACUCGGCCCAGCAAAUCCUGCUCUGCCCCUCUCGGACUAGAAGAACAGGCCCACAAGCCUAAAACGUGCCCUUCCAAACCGAGGGAAGGUACUGUAGAGAAAGAGCAGGGAGAUGGUGAGCAGUCUCAGACUAAGCUUGGCUCAGCUUGUGGAGGCGGGCGUUGGGGAUCCAGACAGGCUGCAGGACGCAGAGUGCCAACUGUAGGUCUUGGCAAGGAAAGGCUCGCGAACAGACUGAGAUUAAGAGAAGUUGCUAGCGCUGGAACGAUCUCUGAUCUGCGUACAAGCCAAGAGGAUCUGGAGAACACCGGAGACUUGCAGAACAUGAACAUGAUGACUUUAGCGGAGGAAGUCAUUGAGGCGACGUCUGAUCGCAUCAAGAGGGAAAGCUUUGUGGCAUCAGACACUACACUAGACGGUGUUGGAGUCAGCAGCACUAUGAGCUGGUUGGCCAGUUACCUUGGAGAUGCAGAGAGGUUCCUGUUCAACAAGCCCCUAACUCACUCUCCUGGCCUGGCCUCAGUCCACGGUGGAGGACAGCCGGAACUCGACGGUCCUCUUGGGAAGCUUGGCUUUCAGUCCCCCACUGAGUGGACUGCACUUCUCAACGCCUCCCACAACAAGGAGGAGCGUGACCUGACCCAGCUGGCCCUGUCCGAUCCCGAACAGAGAGAACUUUACGAGGCAGCCCGCCAGGUCCAGAACACCUUCCGCAAGUACAAGGGUCGUCCACUUCGGGAGCAGCAGGAACUGGCAGCUGCUGUCAUUCAGCGCUGUUAUAAGAGGUACAAACAGCUGACAUGGAUAGCCUUGAAGUAUGCACUUUAUAAGAAGAUGACGCUGGCCGCCAUCCUUAUCCAGAGUAAAUUCCGCAGCUACCACGAACAGAAGAAGUUCCAGCAGAGUCGCAGGGCAGCCGUGCUGAUCCAGCAAUAUUACCGCAGCUACAAAGAGCUCAGCCGGCCGAACCCACGCAGCCGAGCCACUGCGGCUGCACUGGUGCAGCACAAACUCAGAAGCAGUUUACUGACCAAGAGACAAGACCAAGCUGCCAGAAAAAUCAUGCGGUUUCUGCUGCGGUGCCGCCACAGCCCCUUGAUGGACCAUAGACUAUUCAAACGGGGCGAAAGAAUUGAGAAAGGCCAAGGAACAUGAGAGCGCCGCAAAGAGCCCCGUCGCAGUGUAACAUCUCCGAGCGGACUGUUCUCUUCCUCUUCACUGCGUUUUUACAAGAGACAAACAAUUUACGAAAAAAAAAGCUCAAAUUACACAAGAAGUGGAACUCAUCGGAAAUGCGACGGUUGAACUCUAGCAGCGUUGUGACUGAUUCUGCUCCUGCAUUGUGAAUUUUCUCGCUACGGAUGAACAUUUGGGAAAAUAUGACAUUAUCUUCAUGGCAUUUUUGCACUUCUCAUAGAUUUUUUUUCUUUAGAUUACAAAAAAAAAAGGGAAAAAAACGAACGAAGACCAAGGAGCAAAGGCUUUUUAUUCCUACGACGCUUGUAAAAUAUCACGCGACACGAACAGAUCAUAGCAGGCGGGAAAACGUCACGCUGGAAGGCGCUUCAGAUUACAUUUUUAUAUUUUGAAAGGAAAAAAAUACAACAAUCGGUUUGGGAAAAACAAAAAAAAGAACAAAACCUAGAAAAUGUAAACCAAAAAAAAAGGCCUCAUUUCAGUGACCAUAUGCAUGCAGAGUAUCUCCACGAAUCUUUGUUUUUUGCAAAUGCUGUCCGUUCAUUACAAAGGGAAGCCUUCAUAUGAAUGUAGAUGGGGGUCAGGGCAAAAUGCUGGGUUUGAAAUAUCAGUGUCUUACCUUUGUCUUUAUGGGGUUUUGGGGACUUCUGACGACAACUUGGGGAACUGAAGCAAAGCCCUCUGGGUUACCUGUUUCGUGUGCACUGUUUUCGACUUUCUUAUGGGUCCUUUUCUUAAUGUCAUUUUUGCUGGCCUGACUUUGUGUGUCCUGUGUUUGUUGAAUUGAAUCUGGAUACAGUGCAUGUGUUUGAGCGAAACGCUCCUGCAUGCUGACGUAAAUGUUUUGUGUUUUAUUUUCAUUCAUUCAAAUUGGUGAUAUUGUGGCACCAUCAAACUAGCCUGUAUAAGCCUGUUUGUUUCCAAAUAUGUUGUUAUAAAGACCAUUAUUUUUAUAUAAUUCAGUUAUUUAUUUUAUUUGCAUUAUUGUAUUUUUUUUUAAUUAUUAUUAUUAUUAUUGUGUGGGCUUAAAACCUUUUAAAAGGUUUGAAAUAAUCUCCGGACUUUUUUUAAUGUAAAUUGUUCUAUCAAUUGUGCCACAGCGCCAGACGUAUAUUUGCAAAGGUUAUCUUCCAUUUGUGUGUAUGUAUGUGUGUGCGUGUGUGUGUGUGUCUUCAUUGUUUCAUUUCAAAGAUCUCCAGAAAGCCGCCACAAGCUUUUCCAUGGAGUUUCACUGAACAUUGCCUUGACUUCUUGACUUUUUGAAGGGUCCCUAUACAGAAGCUUAAAAAAAUCCUUAUUUUUGACUAUUGAGGUGUCCCUGUACAUAUAGAAGAUGGGUGAAGGAACAUUGAUAGCCAGAAACUUUUUCCGAAGAGGAUUGUAUUUAAGAAUAUAUAGUAUUUUAUUCAUAAAUUGGAUUAUAACACAUUAAGAGACAAACUAAAAAAAAAUCUAUUGUAUAGUUUUCUUUGAACACCCAAGAUGUACGGUUGUAUUGUAUGUAAAUAUUGUAAAUAUUGGUUGCGAAGAAGGAGCCAUGUGCAUGAAACUUUAAGACAUUGAACAUAAUGUAAAGAUGUAGUGGCAAUGGUCUGUAAUACGAUUUGAGCAACUUCACUAUAAGACUUUCUUGGAAAUGUUCUUUCACAGAACGGUUUCUGAAGCAUGACAUGAUUCACGAUAAAACCGUAGAUUUAGCGGGAGAGCUAAACAAAUCCGUCUUUCUUUUUCAGGGUUAGCGAGAAUUAAAUAGUGUUUUUUUUUUUGUUGGUUUUUUGUUUUUGUUGGUUUUUUUACCACUGGUGACUAGAAUACUACAGGACAUAAAUAAGCUAUUCCUUCGAGAAGCAGAUUUUCACAGUAUUGGGAGAACUAGUAUUGAUUGAAUGACCGAACUUCACUCAUGCACCCAACAGUAUAGCUGUGAUACAGAGGAUGAAAUGUCUCCACAGGUUUUUGUCUUGUAUAACAUGACUAGAAAAUGUUCACCAUCUACUUUAACUCAACGUGAGCAAUGGUAUUGGAUGGAGUUAGCAGGAUUAAAAGUAGGUCAUGCAAUUAAAAACGAUAUUGAUUUGAGGGUUGUGAAUGGUUAUUUCAAGCAGGCGAUUCCCACACACGUGAUUACAUGCUUGUGUCACAUCCCAAAUAGGAAUCAAGGGCGUAUCAAACGGUCCUGAAUGUAGCUUAAAAAACGUCCACUGCCAUGUGUUCAUAAUCAUAGCUUUAUUUUUGAUUUCUUCAUUUCUUGGGGGGCUGCUACCAACAUUCAAAAACCCCAUGGUCGAGCCACGCGAAAUCAUUUUUGUACUUUUGUUGUUGUUUUAUGCUAAUGUUAGCUAUAUGGAAUCGAGCGCGACGAGGUUCACAAAUUUCCCUGACAGAAAUUUGAGACUAACCGAGACCCCCUGAAUUUCCAAAGCGAUUUCAGCUGACGAGAGGCAUCGUUUUAACUUACACCAGCACAUUUUGCCUGUUAAUAAAAAAAAAAGAAAGAAGGAAUGUGGUGCUUAUCUUCAAUUCCCCACAUUUAGAUCCAUUGCUUUAGAAGUUAAACAUGUUCCUCAUGACCUCAGUGACUCUGUAUCAGUAUUAUAAUAGAAAGUGCCUAAAAAUUCAACCAAUAUCAGGAAGUGUUCCUAAAGAAGUCGAUAUGAACCAAUUGCUCUGUUUUUUUAAUGGUAUGCAACGCUAAAGGCUGGUUUUACUGUCCAAACAGGAGUCUGUUUCCUCCUCUCAAACUCCCUUUUCACUCCGAGUAAAGGCACCUGCUAUUUUGUCCCCCACUCAUUCUCUUUGGUUCACAUUAUGUGUCCUAAAGCGAAUUUGAGUGACCCAGUAACACACUAUGCAUGCUUUCAUUAUUUCUUUCAGUUUGUGUACUUUUCCAUGUUUGAUCUAAACUGGGCCAGGAAAGUAGGACGUGCUCGGUGAACUUGGCGCAUUAUGUAAUUUCGUCCGGAAACCAUUGCUAGAUUCAAGAGCACAACUCCUUGCAAAGCUCGGAGAGUUGGUCCUUUUAAUCCACAUAACGUUCAUCCAACAUCAAACUUCAGGAAAUUAUAAGCGAGAGUCAGAAUUCACCAGGAAAAUCUGUUUAUGGAUCACGGGGUAUAUGUGGUUAUCUCAGUAACUUUCUGUUUGGGUCGUUCAUCUUGGGGAAGGGAGAAAAAUCUGCCUCCCUUUUGUAGUUUUACUCAGGGUGCUUAAACAGGGAGAGGGUGUUUAGCAUGGAGACUAGAUUAGGUUAGCUUAAGUCUCCAGAUUCCGCUCAGAAACCACUGGGAAUAUGUACUACAACGUUCACUUUGUUACAAACCACUGCUUUCGGAGACUCGGGGAACAGGACAGACCGUGUGUGUGUUUAUAGAGUUUUUAGACCAUUUUUCCAAAACUGAGCAGGUAUCAUCGUUCGUGCAGGUAUCAUCGCUCAUUUAGUAUUGCCAUAUCCCCAUGGGAUUGGGAAUGCAUGAUAAGUAUACCUCAGCGCCAAAUACCUUCAGAAUAAAGGUGGGAGAUCCCGUCCUCUUAUGAAAAGGCUCAGUACACGUGCAUCUACGUCGACCGGAUCAUGCUUUCCGUAUUUUUGCAUCAGAUAAGAGAAAUAUGCACUUUGUACAGCUCACCAUCCGAGUUUAAGUCCCUCUCCAAGCUCUGGUACGAGCGUGUGUGUGUGUGUGUGAGAGAGGUGUGUGUGUGCUGUAUCUUGAUGGAUGAGCACACCUGAAGGUUUUAGCUGAACGAGGGAAAACACUAUUGGUGCAGUUGGAAGUUUGUAUACGAUGUCCUAAAUCUUCUCUUUGGAACUCCAAAUGCAGUUUAGGCUUAAACUGAACCGAUAAACCACUCGAUUAUAAGCUUUUCACUUACAAGUACAGAGCAAUAAACACUUUGAUUUUAGCUGAGCUCUUUAGGUUGAAAGAAUAUGGAUAAGUAUAAAAAAAAAUAAAAACACUGGGACAUGCUUAGUU